AUGCAGAAGGUAACAAGGAUGAACUGUGGCAUUCAGAAGGUCAAGAAAAACAGAAAUUCAACCUGUGGAUCUACAUGCAAGACCAUCUCUACUGAAAAUGCCAAUCUAGCUCAGACUGUUGUUUCAAUCCAGGCUCUCUCUUGCAAAACAGGUUUGGAGUUUCCAUCAGAACAAAUAUAUAGCCAAUGUGACCUAAGAUGGGAUGACUUUGACACUCACCCAGAAUUCUGGCAAGGGUUCCCCAACGUGGGGAACACCUGUUACAUGAAUGCAAUUUUACAAUCACUGUUUGUGAUUCCCUCAUUUGCUGAUGACUUACUCAUGAAGGGCAUAUCGUAGGAGAAAAUUCCCUUUGUUGCUUUUAUUACGUGCCUGACCCAGCUACUUGCUUUAAAAGAUAUUUGUAAUCUGGAGGGCAAGAAAGAGCUACUUGUCAACAUCAAAAAUGCUAUUUCAGCCAUCGCAGAGACUUUCUCCGGCAAGGUGCAGUACGACACUUAUGAGUUUUUAGGAUACUGUUUAGAGCAGCUGAAAGAAGACAUGGAAAAAUUAACCACCACUUUGAAGAGAGCGGAAACCGGGGAUGGCAAUUCAUCUUCACAGAUGUAUGCGGAUAACGCUGCCUGCCAGACACUCGUUUGUCCUGUUGUGGCUACUUUUGAAUGGCAGCGCUGCAUUAUCUGUAAAGCCUGUGGACAGGUUGUUCUCAGGACAGAGGCAAGUCAUUAUCUUUCUAUCAACCUUCCCUAAGAAACGAAACGACAACCAUCCUCUAUUCAGAAUUCUUCUGAUCUUUUCUUUAGGGCAGAAGACCUUGAGUGUAGCUGUAGCAAAUGCACCCACGAGACAUCUGUUGCAAUGCACAAAUUCAGUAAGCUUCCCAGAGUGCUCAUCAUCCGUCUGAAACGCUAUAGCUUUAAUGAUGCUUGGUUGCUAGUGAAGGAUAACCAACCAGUUGCUAUUCCUAAAGUUUUAAACUCAUCUUCUCAUUGCAGUGAGAGCACCAAGUUACCUUUUCACACCAGUAACACACCUCCCGGGGACUCCAAAAUGCUAGAAGUUCGAGAGAAGGUUUCUGAGAUCCUCACCCCAUUGUCAUCUUCAAAGAAGUUGGUCUCAGAAUCCAGUGAUUCCUUGGCAAAGAAUGCUGAACCACUAAUGUUCCGAAAGAUCGUUGAAGGGUCAAGCCAAGAACAGCAGCAGAGAGACCUGGAAAAUGGUCCUAAACGGAAUAUAACAGCUUCAGAAAUGGCAGAAAAGGAGCUGCCAGCCGCUGACUCAGGCAUGGAUCAAGAACACACAUAA